AUGGGGCAGCUGGGAAGCGGCAAAAGCACCUUGGUGUUGCAGUAUGUGCAAUCGCAAUUUGUUGAGGAUAUUGAUGCAAACGUUCAGGAUAUGUACAAGAAGGAGGUGGCAAUAGAUGGCCAGCACUACCAACUGAACAUCUUGGAUAUUGUCGACACUGACUACGGACUGGAUCCAAAGACAGAAAACAUGCUACGGGAGUCACAGGCUAUCCUAAUCGUGUACUCUGUUGUGAGCGAGACCUCUUUUGAUUCGGUUCUUAUGCGAGUCGUGCAUGUACGUUCCCUCCUUGAAGGUAGGAACGUACCCAUCAUCUUGGUGGGAGCCAAGGCUGAUCUCGAGAAUUGCCGCCAAGUCUCCUCGUCCUCAGGGUUGCAGCUUGCCCGCGAACUUGGCUUAGCAGCGUUUCUGGAAUGCAGCGCCAAAACAAAAUACCAGAUCGACGAAGUUUUCGAGACGGCCGUCCGACAAGCGCUCACCGAGGAAGUGGAGCCGACCAGAUCUACAGAAGCCGAUUCUCAGCGCGAUACAGAACAGCCUACGGAAAGUGGCGUUCCCGAGGAUAUCGAAGGACAAAGGGAAUCUGGAACUCAAACAGAACCACUAAACGCCGUGCAAGGAGCCAAUCGUGCUCCCAGGCCUGCUGCUCGUGCCAGCAGCUCGAAUAGAUGUUGUAUAAUAAUAUAA